AUGAAGACUAUCUCUGUGUUGGUCAUCUUCUUCUUCCUUGUCGACUUCAUCGCAAAAGCCAGGAGCAGGAACAGUUCAGGUUGCGAAUCAUUCACCUGCGGAAACCUCGACUUCGAGUUCCCUUUCUUUAACACAACCAUGCCAUCUCGAUGCGGUAUGUUCAUGAUGAAUUGCAGUCACGAGAUUCCAGAGAUACAGCUUGAGGAAAAAGGGAAAUGGUAUAAAGUCACGAGCGUCUCUCAAGCCAACACCAUAACCAUCACUGACCCAAGGCUUAACCAAAGCUUGGCAGCAGGAUCCUGCAGUGACUUGUCAAGCUUCUCUCUUCCAGAUUCGCCGUGGCUCGAGUUGAGCACUUUGUACAAAUGCAACACCACUAGGAAGAAUGGUAUCCGCUAUGCGAAUUGCGGAGGAGGUGAAGGAAGCAGCAGCUUCUACAACUCCGAUUUGGGAGCUGAUUCAGGGUGUUUAGCUAUCAAGACUCCAAAGAGCUGGUUGAUUCCAGGAAAUAAGAACCAGCCUAAUGUAAGUGCUACCUUUUCCCUUCAUAUAGAACUGCCUCGAGGCUGCCAUCGCUGCCAUAACCGAAGAGGAGAAUGUAAGAUCAUCAACCACAAGUUCCGCUGCGUUGGAGGAACCAAAGAGAAAAAUGACAACCAAGAGAGAAUGAAGCUGGGAUUUGGAAUCGGAGGAUCUGUCAUCUUGCUAAUCAUCUUGGUGGCACUCUUAAUCAUCAUCCAUAGGAUUUACAGAAGAAAAACUUGUUCGGAGUUCAUCUCUAGAAGCAACUCGAAAUCUGACGUCGAGUUUAGUACUGUCUUUUUUAAGAUACCAAUCUUCUCCUAUAAAGAACUUCAAGAAGCAACAAACAACUUUAGCAAAGACAGGUUACUAGGAGAUGGAGGAUUUGGCACUGUGUACUACGGAAAAGUGCAUGAUGGGCGAGAAGUUGCAGUGAAGCGUCUCUAUGAGCACAAUUACAGAAGACUUGAGCAAUUCAUGAACGAGAUAGAAAUCCUCACACGUCUCCAUCAUAAGAAUCUAGUCUCCCUCUAUGGAUGCACUUCACGUCGUAGCCGAGAACUUCUCCUUGUCUAUGAGUUUGUUCCAAACGGCACAGUUGCAGAUCAUCUCUAUGGUGAAAACCCGGCAAACCAAGGUUAUUUAACAUGGUCAAUGCGCAUGAGCAUCGCCAUAGAAACAGCGAGUGCGUUGGCUUACCUUCAUGCUUCGGAUAUCAUACACCGGGAUGUCAAGACUACAAACAUUCUCCUCGAUGGGAAUUUUGGAGUCAAAGUUGCGGAUUUCGGUCUAUCAAGGUUGUGCCCGACUGAUGUGACACAUGUUUCAACUGCUCCUCAGGGUACUCCAGGAUAUGUGGAUCCUGAGUAUCAUCGCUGCUAUCAUCUAACCGAUAAGAGUGACGUAUAUAGCUUUGGAGUGGUGCUUGCCGAGCUCAUAUCAUCAAAGCCUGCUGUUGAUAUAAGCAGGUGCAAGAGUGAGAUCAAUCUAUCAAGCUUAGCUAUUAACAAGAUACAAAACCACUCGACCCACGAGCUGAUUGAUCAGAGUCUUGGAUACGGAACGAACGAAGGAGUUAGAAAAAUGACUACAAUGGUGGCAGAGUUGGCUUUUCAGUGUUUGCAGCAAGACAGUACAAUGAGACCGACAAUGGAACAAGUUGUGCAGGAGCUAAAGGUAAUCCAGAAUGAGGAGCAAAAAUGUCAAUACUACAAUUACAAAGAGGAGACAAUAACUCUGCACCCUUCGCCACCGGAAUGGGACGAAGCUUCGCUAAUAAAGAAUAUGAAAUUCCCACGUUCACCGAUCUCUGUGACUGAACAAUGGACCAGUAAAUCAACCACACCGAAUACCAGUGCUUACGACUGCUAA